UCUAAAGCCUCUGUUGCUUGAGAAUUGCCAUGGCAACGACAACGACUGAUGUGAAGCUUCUCGGGACACGGCCAAGCCUAUUUGUGAAUCGGGUUCAAAUAGCUCUCAACAUAAAGUCUGUCAAAUAUGAGUUCCUCGGAGAGAACCUCCGUUCCAAGAGUGAGCUCCUCCUUGAAUCCAAUCCUGCCAACAAGAAAAUCCCAGUUCUUAUACACGGUGACAAGCCCAUUUGUGAGUCUCUCAUCAUUGUCCAAUACAUUGAUGAGGUAUGGAGCUCAGGUCCCUCCAUCCUCCCUUCGGAUCCAUAUGAUCGCGCCAUUGCUCGCUUCUGGGCUGCCUACAUCGAUGACAAGUGGUUUCCAUUAUUGAUGGAGACUUGGAAGGGACAAGAAGAGGAAGCAAAAGCUGCGGCAACAGAGCAAGUGGUUGCAGGACUGGUGAUGCUGGAGGAGGCAUUUGUCAAGUGUAGCAAGGGGAAGGCUUUCUUUGGUGGGGAUAGUAUUGGGUAUCUUGACAUAGCAUUUGGGAGCUUCUUGGGUUGGCUGAUGAUACCAAAGUAUUUGGGAACCGCGUCUCUGCUAGAGAUCAAGACACCGCGUCUGAUGGAAUGGGCUGAGAGGUUCUGCUCAGAUGGUGCAGUGAAAGAUGUCUUUCUAGAGCCUGAGAAGCUUAUUGAGACAAUCAACGAAGCCAGAGCAAACGCUACUACUUCCAAUUGACAUUGCCUAUGUCUAUGAUCCA